AUGAAGGAGUAUGAACAAUCAAGUGAAAUGAACUAUUUCCCAGAGCCACAAAGUGACUCAAACUAUUAUGGCACGUACACAAAAGAUGGCUGGGAAGGGAAAUGCAAUGAUUCAUAUUCUAAUUAUUUAAGAACAUUAUCACUUGAUCGUGUUGCCAGAGCAUACUUGGAAGAGUGUUCAUCAUUUGAUUAUGCCUCAACACAAAAUUCCCUCCAAGAUCCAUACAACUCAUCUCACCAACCACAAAAUUACUCUCAACCUUUAUCCUUUGAGCUAGUGGCUGAGGAUCCCCUUCAAAAGUCCAGAGAAUUAUUGGAAAGACAAGAACAAAUUAUGGAAGAACAAAAACAACGCUGGACAGAACAAGAAUUCCUCCUCAAGAAAACAGAAGGGCAUGUAGAGCAAAGGAAGAUUCAUUCAGGAGCACCAAGUGUUAAGGAUGAUGAACAAUCUGUGAGUGAAGAAGAGGAAGAAGAGGUUCCUAUAUCAAUUGAAAUUUCAAUGGAGGAAGAGCAAGAUGAGGAGGCUACUGUAUCAAGUGAACUUUCAAUGAAGAACAAGGUGGUUGAAAAUGAAAUUGCACUUGAGAUGACAAGGGAACAUAAAGACUCACAACUCUCACAAACUUUCCUGACCCAACAACUCUCAACACUUGAAUCCAUGAUUGAAAGGUAUGAAGAGGAGAUGAAGAAAGCUUGGGAAGAUCAACAAACCUCGUCCAUGAAAGAGCUACUAAAGCAAAUGUUGAGUGUAAAAGAGGAAGGGGAAGAACAAGCUAGUGAGGAGGACAAUCAAGAACGUCCAAACUCAAGGGAAACAGAGAGAGAGGAAAGGUUGGGGCAAGGCAGGGAUACCACACCGCGGGGUAGGAAACACAGGAGCCGCACAACCGUGGAACGAGCACCGUCGCUCGAGCCGACACAUGAAGAGAGUCCUGUGCACCCGUUCAUUACGCGAGGCAACGAGCACUCAUCCGCCAUCCGCCACCACGGUCCGCAAACCCAGCACGCCCGGACGAACAGCCCCCCGCACGCCUUGGAGCGUGCAGGCAAGCGGAAGCAUACGGGAGUGCCGAGCCAACUCCGCUGGGCAGGGUUCGGGGGAAGCGACGAAGAACAUUCAAGGGACAGCCCGAGGCGUGAGGUGCUUCGGGCGAUAAUCGAACAGCCGCACCGUCUAAGAUUAAGCAACCCGCACAGCUAA